AUGCCCGUUUACAUGCUCUACGGCUUUCGCUGGCCGCGCGCCGGCUUUACCGGCAUCCGCGUAUACAUCGUUCUCCACAACCUGGAAGACGCAACAGCCGAAUACCUCCAACAGCCCCUAACCAGCGAACUGGUCUUGGAAUCGCUCAAGAAGACCGAACCCGGCAUCGUCUCUCGUCUACCCAACCUCCGCUUCAUCGAACAAUACGACCCGGAAGACACAAGCGACGACGCAGUCAGCAAGCCGUAUGCCUACGUCGGUGGGAAAGUCAUCUCCAUCCCCGAGGAUGUCGGCCCUACUCCCGAGACGAGCUGGAAACCAGAGGACAUAUUCAAGGAGGAGCCGUUGGAGAAGGACGCCAUGGAGGCCUUGACGGAGUUUAGGGAUAAGUAUGCGGCUGGGGAGCGUAUUGGCUGGUGGAUUGUGUAUAAUGGCGAUCCGGAGAGGUGGUUCCCUCAUGACGAGGAGGAGGAUGGGGAUAGUUUUGAUGAUGGGUAUGAUGAAGAGGGGAGCUAUGCUGAUGGUGGAGAGUACGAGAGUGAUCAGACGCAGACGCCGCCGGAGACGCCUUCUUCUGCUACGAUGCGAUUCCCCGAACGGUUGACUCGAUUGUUUGCUAGGCGAACGGCUUGA